UCUGAUCACCGUACGGACGACAUAACCAUACGCUUUAGCGAUCAGCCAAGCCCAAUGACCGUUGAAGCUAGCUCUUCCACCGCUGCGGCUUUCGAUGUCAAUGAAGCCUUUCAACGCAUCCUCAGCGACGAACAAAUAUCGACCCCCUUGGCCGCUGUCCUCGCGUUGAGCGAGUUGAUAGAGAAAUCCGAUGCGGAGACCAUGUUCGAGCUCGUCAAUGCUCUGAACACCGGAGCGACGGAGCUCCGUCGACAAAAUGCCAAUCCUAUCGGCCUCAACGCAGGAUGCGAACUCUUCAUCGCAUUCGUGACCUUGUUCCCUCACAAUAACUCUAGUAUACCGGAGCUCAAACGUGAACUUAUACGUCAGAGCAGACAGUACGCCGAGGAGGCACUUACCUAUCGCGACAAAAUUGCAAAUCUCGCCCUCGGGUUCAUCAAAGAUGACUCUGUGAUUCUCACGCAUUCGUACUCUCGAGUGGUUAUGAAGACGCUUCUUAUGGCACACAAGCGGAAGCGGAUAUCGGUAUUCGUCACCGAAGCCCGACCGCGUGGACUGGGGAUCAAAACCGCCGAAGUCCUUCGCGCCAAUGGCAUCCCAGUAACCGUCGUUCUCGAUUCUGCUGUCAGCUACGUGAUGGAAAAGGUCGACUUUGUGUUGGUGGGGUCCGAGGCAGUGGUUGAGUCCGGCGGGCUCGUGAACGCAGUUGGCAGCAAUCAGAUUGCCAUCAUCGCAAAAGCAGCCAACAAGCCCUUCUACGCACUUGCAGAGAGCUACAAAUUCCACCGCCUGUUUCCACUGUCGCAGUACGACCUGCCUACUUCCAAACCGCACGUGCUCUCGUUCCUUCCUGCUCUCCAAUCCGCGCUGCCAGCGCAUGCCGAAAGCGCGGAAGCAUCGAAGGCGUCUCGAGCUAGCGAACCAACGAGCGGGCGGAUAACACAGGAGCAAAUUUCACAGAGCAACCCCGACGUCGACUACACGAGGCCCGACUUAAUAUCCCUCGUCUUUUCGGACGUCGGAAGCUUAACACCUGAAGGCGUCAGCCAGUACCUUGUGGGCAUGUUUGCAGGAUAAUGCACGUGUAUACCUCGUAUACGGCGCGGGAAAUGAUCUACCAACGGUCGUACUCC